CAUAGCAAUUCCCCCUUCUAACAAAAACAUGAUUCUCCCUUAUUUCCAACUACUCCAAAUCCCUAUAAAUAUUUAAUCAUCCCAUAAAAUAAAUAAAUAAAUAAAUAAAUCUCAAAAAAUAAAAAAUAAAAUAAAUCUCAAAAAAUGCAUCCUACAAUAUUUUUAAUAAUAUUCCUUCUUAUUCCGUUAGCCGCCGCCGCCGCCGCCGCCGCCAGCCGAAACACCACGAUAACUUCCCCGUGGCUGCGCCAAUCGAUCAACCACGGCCGCCGCUCCGGCUGCCGGUGGCAGCCGUGGAUUUGCGACGUCGACAACCACGGCGGCGACCCGGAGGCCCCGAGAGUCCGCCGGAGAUGCUGCCGGAAUCGGUGCGUCGACGUAUUUUCCGACGUGAAUAAUUGCGGAAUGUGCCGGAUACGGUGUCGUUUUACGCGGCAGUGCUGCCGCGGAAUCUGCGUGAACACGAACCGGAAUCCGUACCAUUGCGGGCGGUGCGGGCGGCGCUGCCGGUGGCCGAGCCGCUGCGUUUACGGCAUGUGCGGAUACGCGGAGGAGCCGCGGCCGAAGCACGACCGGCGGCGCCGCCCGCCUCCGGCGGGCUGAACCGGCCGGUUUUUUGGGGUAAUGGUUUAUGAAUAUAUAUGUGGAUUUGUUGAUGUUUGGGUUUGGGAAUUGUUUGGUUGGAAAUU